UAGGGUAGCGGUUUGUAACCUGCUCGAGUUAGUGCGGGCGCAGAAAACGAUCGACUGGACUGGUAAUCAUAUCUACAAGAAACCAUUCGGAGCAAAAGCUCUUAGCUUAAAAAAUUGCCUUUGGCUAAGGACGGUAAGAAGUGGACGAAAGCUUAAAACGUAGGCCGGAAUUUUUCAAUUUUGACAGAAAAUUAUUCUAAAAUUGUUUAAUUUUCUCGCGAAGCUGGCAGGAUAGCGGGAGCAACUUCGGCAGAGAGGAGUGCACGCUGAAAGAAGAGAGAAGACGCUUUGAUACUGACGUGUGCAGACGCUGAAAUCCGCUAGCUACGUAGGCCAGGUGGAGAAUUUGUUACAUACAUGUAUCUUUUUAUUUUUGACCAAAGGCCAUUUUCUUCUUCAUCAGCGAAUAGGUACCUUCAUAAUUAAUUAACAUAUAAGAAAUAUAAGGUCUACAAGGUAGUUUAAUUUGUACAAGAACUUAGGAGAUGUUCUCAUUUCUCGUUUCUCGUUAUACUGCUUGCCGUUCGAGUGUAGUUCAUUCAUUUAUGGUGAAACUCUUGGCAGAGACUCCAUGCAGGGCCAAAAAUCUUCGCCAUACCAAAAUUGCUGCUCUAUUUAUUUUCAUUCUGGUGAGAUAAUCGUCACAGACGUCAGUCAGUCUUUGUUCUUAUCCGGCUGUUUAAAUGCCCGCUCCAAGCUAUUUAGGCGACGUGAAGAACAACAGGCGACACUGAUCUCUGGAUAAAAUAUUCGAUGCGACUUUUCAAUCGAUUCGCACUUACGUUAGAAAUUCUAUUCGGCCAAUUGCUGUGAGAGCAACACUUCGCUGACUCUCGAGAAAAGCUUCAUUAGCUAGAGAUAUUUUUUGUUUCCGACGAUUAUUUCAUACCGAUCGAGUUCCUUUUGGUGCGCGUUCUUCAAGAUUCAGACGGUUUCAAAAUAGUUUGCUUGUAACGCCGAUGGAGGAACUUCAUGAUUAGCGAGUAAUAUAAGAGUUUUUGGCUACAGGCUUGUAAAAACAGCAGGACUGGUGCAUUAAACUUAAAGAGAUCAAAUCCUUGAAACAUCUAUGCACGUCUCUUUCCCUCCGCAAUGUUGAGAUGUGAUUGCAAAGUUACACUCUUUUUUUAUAUAUAAGAAUGUUGUUUUCCCAGGCCAGGCUGAAUAUUCUUAUUUUUCCGCCGAUUUUAGGCUUUAAAUAUUCUUGUAUUAUUCUUAAUAAUAGCUUAUGACAUUUCCGUUUUAGAAUAUAUUAAGGUAUCAAUUAUAGUUUUGUUAAAUAUAGUUAGCUAGUUUUGCCGUUUAAAGAAAAGAGUAAAUUUAAAACAUAUAUUUGUAUUGUAUUUACAGAUUUUCACCACCCGAAAUUAUAUCCUUUUCAAAAUCUCAGCCUGGAGUUUAUUCCUAAAGUAUUCUUAAGAUUUCGCAAAUUUCAGCCUCGAUAUUCUUAUAAAAUAUAUUCUUAUAGAAAAAAAAGAGUGUACGUGGCUACAAUAACAUUGCAGAAAGGGAGGGGGGAAACGAAAGCGAGUAGAAUUUUCCAAAGUGCUUCAAGGUUUUUAAGAUUGUGGUCUUAACUCGUAACUAGGGAUAAAAUAUUGAACAAAUUUGCACUUUUAGCUUUGCCGUAUUUUAAAAAUGUCUAGUAUUAGCCAUUUUAAGAAAAAAAUGUCAAGUUCGCAAAUUGACCCGGCAAAUGAAAAAAAAAAAAGAUGAUAAGAAAAUGGGAUUGAUAAAACCCGUCUCACUAUAUAUAAUGUGUAUCUAUCCUGCGCGCAGGUUAGUUGCCGACGUAUCUAAUCCGUGCUAAAACAUCACCUUUCAUCAGCGAUUCUUUUCUCUUGGUCAAACAAAAGCGUCGAUCAGAGACUGAUGAAUUCACUUUAAAUAUCAACAAAAAACAUUUCUCACGACGAUCAUGGUUAAUGUACAGUGAUUUUGUUGUAUGAAUGAUGAAUAUUCAGUUCUUGGAGAGCUUAGCUCUCAUUAAAGCUUAAUUUCAAUUAGAAAGUAUAUAUUUUGUAUUUUUUUUUCUCAGUUUUAUUUCCAUUCAAGGAAACCUCCCCGCUACGGCCCUGCUUCCGCCAGCGGUACAACCUUGGAGCACCUUAAAAUCAGAUAAAUUAAGAAUAUUACAGCAUUACACUCGCUAAAAUCAUUAAAGUAACAAGUUUAUCACCACACAUGUACACCUGCCUGAGCUAACUGAUGUGCAAGCGCCUCUUGAUGGCAAAACAUCAGAUACAGCAGAUAGUGAAUAAUACGGGUAAAUUAAUUGCUAACUCUGGAAAAAUUUUUAAGUCCCCCCCCCCCCCUUCCAAAAAAAAAGAUAGCCUCGAAUGAACGAUUUUGAGUUGAGAUGUACACGCGGUUUUAUUAUUUACUUGUCAAUUUUUUUUCGCUACAAAUGACGGUAAGCUACUGUUAUAAUAAACUGACACGGUAAGCAAAUGUUUCCUGACUAGCAUGACAAAUGUUUUCCUGACUGAGUGGUUGUAAGAUGCUUAUGUUUUACCUUGCCGUCGCGACGUGACGAUGCAGCUAGAGGUGGAGAAUCGAAUCGCCGAUGUAGUCUAAAAAAUUAUCCUCUUCCUUCACUUUUUUAUCUCAGUCAUGGGCACGAUUUUAUUUUCAUCUGCCUUUUUCAGCCCUUGAUUCGGGAAAAUUAUUAGAAAAGACUUUAAUAAUAAAGAGAUCCUAGCCCGGUCUGGUUUGGUUUCAUGUACUCUCAGUCAGUUUUAUACCAUAGUUCACAGUUUAGGCUUAGCUAUAAUCACUCAAGUAUUCAACUUUUUGUUGUCGUAGAUCUUUUUUUAUUAUUAUCUGCUUCAUUCCUUUUUCAAUUCCUUUUGCGGUAACAGAAGUCAUCUUUUUUGUUCUAGAGAUUAAUUGUGUUCCCGUAAAAGCCUUGGCGAUCAAUGAAUCACUUUGAUUGCUAUACAUGUACAUAAAAUCUGCAUCACAAGGAAGACUGGCUUUUGCAGCGCGGAAAGAAAAUAACACUUAAAGUCCAGCGAUUGGGCGGCAUUACAAACGAUUUUUUAAAGCUUCCUUUCUAGGAAGGAAAAGAAAGCAUCGCUAUCACAACAGGUGAAAAAGGCGCCCUAAACGAAUUGACCAUAUGACCUGCAAGGACAUUUUUGAAUCGUGGUCGUUUCGCCCGAAAGUCGAUUCUCCCGAAGUUGUUUCGUCCAGACGUAAGCCAACUCGCUCGAUGACAAACAACAUUCUAGAUCACGGCUUCUCAGAGAUGUUUUUUUUUAGUUAAGCUUGGAUUCUAUUAGUGCUAUUUCGAAAAAUGGUCCAGCGAUCUGGACGACCUUAGCGAUCUCGAUAAUCACAUUCCAGAUACUAAAAGACUCUACAUAAAAAUUGAAGUCAACAUGCACCGCCGGCUGCGAUCCCAACGAUCGCUACAUCUGUCUUUGGUAUACUUUACGUGAAGUUUUCACUGGAUAAAGUUGUUGAUCCACAUUUGCAGUAACUGCCUUUUCACGCUUAUUUCUUUUUUCAUGCUAAAGAACGACAAAUAAACAUGGGGCGAAUCUACUCACGUUUGGGCGAAACAACUUCGGGUGAAUCGACUUUCGGGCGAAACGACUGUUACGUUUCAUUCAGAGCUGGACCGGACGCAACUGAAGGAGAUACUACUCAACUACAUUUGGCGUCAGUGAAUUUAAAAACGGAUUAAAAUGAAAAAAAACUGUUUGAGAAGCUGUGCCCUUCUUUAAACGCGUUGCAGGGAACAUAGGUGGUUGUAAACACUGAUAAACAAUGGCGUUCUUGCCUUAAGUGUAUUCCUUGAUUGAACUGAGUAAUUUGCAUAAAAUAAGCUUUUCACUUAUGCACCUGCCGGUAGAAAUGAUAACAAAUGUGAGUUUAAAACAAAGAGGCCUGCUAGAAAAAUACAAUUAUAUGGCUCUACGGCGAGAUAAAUUUGUCUUCAUAAUCAUUUGUUUGUCAUUUCUUUACAGAACCCGUCGUAUUACGAGCGUCUUUUGGGAGCUAGCUUGACCAGUUAAGACGAGGGGUAGUUCAUUGCGCAGUGGACGGAAGAAAGAUCUUGUAGCAAAAGCGAAAGUAACCAUGCAGCAGCAUUACGAACAGUGGGUCGCUACCACGGCGUUUGUGUCUCCUCUCUAUAUCCUGACUAUCGUUCUUGGUUCGCUCGGCAAUGGAAUGGUGAUCUAUUCCUAUGCAACAGACCAGACGAUCCACCGAACUUUUCACUUCCUAAUCACAAACUUAGCGAUCGCUGAUCUCAUCAUGUGCCUGCUUUUUACGCCAAUACUCUUCAUCUACCGGGUGUACGCAAAAGCCGAGUUGAUCAGCUACACGCCCGUUUGCGAGAUAAGCCUAUUUCUGUCGAUGGUUAGUAUUUCUAUGAUGUACUUUUUGUUCCCACUCUUGGCGUACCAUCGCAAAGAUGCUAUGUUACGACCGCAGCAACCGAGGCUCAAUCUGGCGCAAACGCGCCUGGUGGUGUUUUUCUUUUGGUUCCUGAGCACUUUCGCUGGUGGAUUAAUGAUCUUGAUGGCACGACGCGAAUUUGGGAGCGGUGAUCCUACGCCUAAACUUUAUCGCUGUCUUCUCAUCAAUCAGAGCUUGGAUCGGUACGCAAAAAUCUUCCUCGGGUAUUCUGCGACACUGUAUGGCCUGUCUAUCGCUGUAACUGCUGUUCUGUAUCUGCACAUAUUCCGCACCCUUGGUACCAACAUCGAAGGAGUCAACGGCUCAGCCGACGAGCGACACGUCACGAAGCUAUGCUUUUGGGUUGCUAUCGUGUACACCGCGUUCUGGACGCCAUUUCUUCUCGUACAGCUAGGUGGCGUGUUCGGUAAUUACACAGAACUUCAUUUUAACCUACACGGUUGUUCCUCGGGUAUAGGUGUCAUUGGCUCGGCUGUGAAUCCACUGUUAUACGCAAUCAUGCAUCCGUACUAUCGAGCUAAACUCCGGGACUUGUUCAAUCGCCUGACUUGUCGCUCCGGGUAAAUGUAGUAUAAGAAAACGGCCACCAACAUAAAUAUUCAGUUGUAGCAUUUUUGUCCAGAAAACGUGUGAAAGAGACCAAUCAAAGUAAACAUUUCAUGUCUUUUCCAAAAAUGCCGCGUUCCUAGAAUAAGCUAAAGAGGAUGCUAUGUUAUCUCCUCUUACUUUUAAGUAUUAAUUUUGCGGAGUCAAACUCCCAGUGAUAUAAAGACUGUAAUACUAAGACUG